AUGUUAGGCCUCACCGUGUUAGUGGGACUGAUUGACAAAGACUUUCAAGGAGAAAUACAGAUAAUGGCACAGACACUGUUUCCGCCUCUUUUUGUUGCCAAAGGCUCUAAAAUUGCUCAGUUAAUUCCGUUGCCUCACCUAACUGAAUCGCUAGCCCCCGCGCAGAUGGCACCAAGGGGAAGUGGUGCAUUUGGAUCAACAAACCAGGCAGCCUUUUUGACUAUCGGACUGCAACAAUGGCCCCGGCGAAGAGUUUCAGUACAGCAUGCAGGACAGGUGAUCUCACUCAUUGCCUUACUGGACACAGGCGUGGAUGUCUCCAUUAUCAGUGAACGCCAUUGGCCGUUCCACUGGCCAUCACGUACCACCAGCGCCACGGUAGCUGGAGUCGGAGGAUUGACUCUAGCCCGGAAGUCGCCCCUCCUCCAAUGGACUAUAGAGGGAAAAGUAGUUAACUCCAUUGCUUGGACUUUCCCGAUCCCGCUCAAAUGGAAAACAGACACUCCUGUAUGGAUUGAGCAGUGGCCGUUAAAGAGGGAAAGUCUAGAACAAGCGCAUAAGCUUGUACAAGAACAAUUUUCUCAGGGUCAUCUGCGACUCUCGACCAGUCCCUGGAAUACACCUAUUUUUGUAAUCAAAAAGAAGUCGGGGAAGUAUCGAUUACUUCACGACCUGCGGGCAGUCAACAAACAAAUGUUUGACAUGGGAGCAUUACAGCCCGGUCUACCCAACCCAGCCAUGAUACCCGAAGGUUGGCACCUACUUAUUGUGGAUUUAAAGGACUGUUUCUUUACUAUCGCUUUGCAUGACGACGACAAGCAGCGGUUCGCUUUCACCCUGCCUGCACUCAAUCGCGAGCGACCUGACCAGCGGUUUGAGUGGACAGUCUUGCCGCAGGGCAUGCGGAACUCGCCCACCCUAUGUCAAAUUUAUGUUGACACUGCCCUACAGCCGCUUCAUCAGAGCUGGAAGACUACUCUCAUUUACCAUUAUAUGGACGAUAUCUUGUUAGCACAACCAUUUCCUUUUUCCCCGGCACAGAAAGAAGAGCUAGCUGAGCAACUUAAAUGCCAAGGUUUGAUGAUAGCACCAGAAAAGGUGCAAGAAACGAAUCCUUGGCACUACUUAGGUUGGCGUAUAACCGAAGCCACCAUCAGUCCUCAAAAGCUGUCAAUACACCUUGAACUCCGCACCCUGCAUGAUGCUCAGAAACUCUUAGGGGAUCUCCAAUGGCUUCGCCCCGUUGUAGGAAUACCGAAUGAGUUAUUAAAUCAGCUACGUCCCCUGUUAAAGGGGACCGAUCCCGCCACGCCAGUAAGUCUGACGCCACAGCAGAAAGAAGUGCUACAACGAAUCGCGAACCUUGUCGCAGAACGAUCUACGCAUCGGCGAAUUGCUGACCGACCCAUAGACUUGACUGUUCUGUGUGGCGAGCAACACCUUAUGGCUGCUUUAACUCAGCAAAAAAUAAAAACGGGGGAGAAACAGGACACCAUCGUACUAGAAUGGGUAGCCCCCCCACUGCAACCACGACGAACAGUGCAGGAAAAAGUUGUUACCCUAGCAGAACUGAUAAAGAAGGGCUGGCGCCGCGUCAUGCAAAUCGAUGGCACCCCCCCCAGUACCAUCUGGGUACCCAUGAAGCAGGCGGACUUAGAGUGGUAUCUACAAAACUCGGAGGAGCUGCAAGCGGCGCUGCUCAAGGAUGGAGCAGCAUUGAUCGUCAAACCGCUGACAUCGGCCGUCCUUUUAUGGAUGGAGAACAAGAAUUGGCUCGUCAGGCCUAAACGUUCAGAGCAGCCCCUCCCAGAAGCACUCACGGCUUUCACAGAUGCUGUGGGAAUUGCUAAUCACAUUGAGGACGCCAGCCUACGGGAUAUACAGAAUUGCCGACUGUCAAGUCUUCUUGUGAGCCUCCAACUGGCAAUUGCGCAGAGAACUGAGCCCUAUGCGGUGCUUCAUAUUAGGAGUCACCAAUGGGAUGAAGGUCUCGGGGAAGGAAACGCUAGAGCUGACCGUCUUGUUGCGACCAUCAUAGAACCCCCGUUGUCACCGCAUUGUCGUGCUUGUGAGGCUCAUGCAAUGUUCCAUCAGAAUGCCAAAGGACUAGCGCAAGCGUACAAGAUACCGCUAGAAGAAGCUCGUGCAAUUGUCAAAGCUUGUGCUAUAUGCAGUCACCACAAUUCUGGCAUAGGUCUUGGCUGUGGAGUAAACCCUAAAGGGCUGAAGGCUAAUGAGAUUUGGCAGAUGGACGUUACGCAUGUUUCUUCGUUAGGCCGGUUAAAGUAUUUGCAUGUUACAGUAGACACUUACAGCCAUAUGAUAUGGGCCACCCCACAGCCAGGGGAAAAGGUCCGCGAUGUUCGGCGGCAUUUGACUAGUUGCUUUGCCGUAAUGGGGGUACCCGCCACUAUCAAGACCGAUAAUGGUCCGGCAUAUAGCAGUGGGCCUUUGAAACGAUUCAUGCAGCUCUGGGACAUUACACAUAUAACAGGCAUUCCACAUUCCCCAACUGGGCAAGCAAUAGUAGAAAGGGCCAAUGGAACAUUGAAAAGAUACCUAGAUAAAUUUAAGGACGUGAUAGACGUUCGUGAAAGGGUCCAUAAGGCACUUUUUGUGCUUAACUACUUGUGUGUGUUUGGGACUAAUGAUGCCCCACCCAUCGUCAGACAUCAUGUACCUGGACAUGAUAAUACUGCCCUUCGGAUGAAAGUAUUAUACAAAGACGCCAAGACAGGGCAGUGGGGAGGACCUGUUGAUGUUGUUUAUGUUGGUCGCGGUUAUGUCUGUGUUUCCACCCCUACAGGUACCGUCUGGGUUCCCAGCCGGUGGGUGAGGCCAGCAGUUGAGGAGGCUGGCGACGGCAGCUCAGCAGAACCCCGAGAGACAAGAGAAAGUGAUACUCCGUCUUCACCUAGCUGUAGAUAA